AUGGCCACCACGACCCAACCAUGGCCACCACGACCCAACCAUGGCCGUGACAGGUUUGGGGUUCUCCAGGUGGAACCUCCCAAGGGUUACUUCGGGGACGACACAGGACUCAACGCGGUGAGACUCUUCUGCUCAGAAGGAGGAACAGCCACGUCCAGCGAGGGGCCCCGCGGCGCUUGGACCCGCAGGGUGACAUGUCCCCCUGGACAAUACAUCAUGUCCUUUCGCCUCCGCGUGGAAGCUCCUCGAGGUCUUUGGGAUGACACGGCUGCCAACAACAUGGCGGCCAUCUGCUCAGGAGGGUCCUUGCUGGAAGGUUCCGGCGGUCCCUUGGGCACCUGGGGCAAUUGGAGCGUCCCCUGCCCGCCCCGGGCCGGGGUGUGCGGGCUCCGGACGCGGCUGGAGCCCCCCGUCAAACGCGCGGGAAACAGCCCAGGCCUCAACGACGUGGAGCUCUACUGCUGCUCGUGA